UCAGAAUGGACAGAAGAAGAAGAACUGCACGUCAUAGCUGAGGUGGAGAAGUAGAAGCUCAUUUCUAGCUCGCCAAGUCAAGAAGUGAAACAACUCUUUCUUUACUAUAAACAUGUGGAGCUGUUAGAGAGCUGCAUUGGAUUGUGUUUGGCUCAGCUGCAGGGUUUCAUUCCUCCCAGAGGUAACAGCUGACAGCUGAGCAUCAGGAAUGUGGUAGUUUUGUGUUUUAACAGCAUAAAGUGAACCUUUUAUAAAGGAAACAUGUCCAAAAACAAAACAUCCAAGAAAAAGCUGAUUAUUGAAGAUGAUGAGCCAAAAGAGGACGGGGAAGAACUGAAUCCUUUCUCCUUCAAAGAAUUCAUUAAAAGCAAACAUCAACAUCCCUGUACCAUAAAGCCUGUUGAGCCCGAUGGUCUGUGUUCAGUGGAGGACGAAUACAAGUACACCACAGCCUUUGAGCCCAGCCAAAAGGCUCACUUUUUCACGGAUCCCUCCUUGCUCGAGCAGUCGUUUGACUAUAAACCUGAGGAUGAAUGGACUGAAAGCUACCAACCCUCGACAAUCAAGGACGCACACGAUUUGGGGCUAAGCGGUGUUCUGGAUUGCUCCUUACUGUCCUGUGUAGCUGAGGACGAGACAUUGAACGAGUGGGAGCUGGAAGAGGACAUCUCACCACAGCACCACUUCCCCAGACGGAACACAGAUAGCUACGAAGGAGAUGAAGAGACCUCGCUUAUUGAUCUCACCUUCCACGCGAAGAAAGGCAGCACAGAGAAUGGGAUUAGUUACCAGCAAAAGCUCAGAGACGAAAAUGCUCAGCUUCGGAAGCAUAGAGAACUGAUAAAAAAGUCAGGGGCCGAUUCUACAAAAAUCAGACAGCUUACAGACGAGUUGCACAACCGAAAUUUGCAAGAGGAGAAAGAAGCCAAAGCUUUAGAGAGCAUGGUGCAGUCUGUGGAAGAAAACCUCCAGUUAAUGACCAAACGUGCAGUUAAAGCUGAAAGCAAUUUGUCUAAACUGAAACAAGACGUCCAGCAGCUUCAGAGCCAGUUAGAGGCAUACAGAUGUGAAAAUGAACGACUUCGUGCAGGAGAAACUGCUGCCUUGUGCUCGAUGAGACAAAAUGCCCAAGUGGCAUCCAAAUACCUCCUUAAAGCUGCUCAGGAUGCUGAGACUUCCAUUAAGCAGUUGUUGGCAGGAAGAGAGACUUUGUGCCUAGUAUCGGAGAUGUUGAGUUCAGUUGACAAGAUCACAGAGAUUCCAAAAUAACACCUUCUUUACUUUA